AUGAAUUCAGAUAAUAAUAAUAAUAAUAAUAAUAAUAAUAAUAAUAAUAAUAAUAAUAAUAAUAAUAAUAAUAAUAAUAAUAAUAAUAAUAAUAAUAAUAAUAAUAAUAAUAAUAAUAAUAAUAAUAAUAAUAAUAAUAAUAAUAAUAAUAAUAAUAAUAAUAAUAAUAAUAAUAAUAAUAAUAAUAAUAAGAGUUUAUUAUUAGAGGAUGAAUUAGAAAAAAAGAGUUUAAAAUCAAUUAAAAAGAUUGCUCAAUCAUUUGGUAUAGAAAGAGUUAAUUUAAAUAAAGAAGGAAUGAUUGAAAAGAUUAAAUCAGUAAUUAAAAGAAAAAGAGAAUAUGAAGUACAAAAACAAAAAGAAAAUGAUAGUCCAUUUAAUAAAAUUAUUAAAUUAACAAUUACAGAUAAUAUUGAACCUACUGAAAUAUUAUUUUGGAAAUUAUUUAGAAAUAAAACAAUUUUUAAAAAGAUAUUCUCAUUUAUGGAUAGUCGAUUCUCAUUAAAUUAUGAUUCAAUGUCAUCAAUAGGGGAUCUUAUAAGCAAUAAUCAAUUCAAUAUAUUAAAAGAAAAAGUAUAUAGAAAUUGUAGAUAUUUACAUUUAGAUUCUAAAACAAAACCUUAUCGUUUUGAGAUUUCAUUAUUAGUGAAAUUAUUUACAAAUAUUAAAGAUGAUGAUCAUAAAUUCUAUAGAAACUUUUUAAAUGGUGAAAAUUAUUAUUAUAAUUCUUUUUCAGCAGUAUCAAAAGCAUUAAUUUUAUCAAAGAAUUUAGAAAUUUAUAAAUUAUAUAUAAAUGAAUUCGGUUAUGAAUCAACAAAAACAGAUCUUAUUUAUUCAAUUGCAGUUGGUUCAAAUAAAUUCAUUAAAUAUAUAUUAGAAUUAAAUUCACCAAAUUCAUCAUCAUCAUCAUCAUCAUCAUCAAGUAUGGAACCACUUGUAUCAGAUUAUAAAGAUUUGAUUAUCGAUUUCCAAAUCCAAAAAGAUAAAAUAUUUAAAGGAUUAUUUUGUUUUUUAAAUAUCAUUGGCCAUCAUGAUAAUUGUCGUGAAAUUACUGGAAAUAAGAGAAUGAAAAUAAGUAGUAGUAUUGGUAGUGGUAGUGGUAGUGGUAGUAGUAGUAACGGUUAUAAAGAGUAUGAACAUCAAAUUACAAUAAAUACUCUUAUUAAAUUGAUUAAAAAUAGAGGUAAUCGUAGUGGUUCUUAUGAAAUUAAUGAAAAAUCAACAUUGAAAACAUUAAUCACAAUUUGUAAAUUAAUAUUAAUAUUAAAGGAACCAAAAUUCAGUAAAACAGAAACGAUAUUAAUAGAUCCAGAAGAUAAUGAUUUAAGAAUAAAAAAAGAAAAAUUAAAACAUUCAUUUAAAUCAGUUCCAACAAGUAUUCAAGAAAUUGAUAAUUUUUUUAAUGAAAAAAUAGAUAAACAAACAUUAAAAUCAAAAUUAGAUAAUCCAAUUAUUUAUAAUAAUAAUAAUAAUAAUAAUGAAAUUAAAAUCUUUAUAAAAAAGUUAUUAUAUUUAUAUUUUUCAAUAUUUAGACACAUACCAAGGAUUUUAUAUUUCUGUUAUUUUUAUGAUGAUGAAGAUGAUAGUAAAACUAACCAGGAUCACAAACAAAUGAUCAAUGAUGAUGAUUUUGAUGAUGAUAUUGAUUAUAUGGAAGACGUUGCUUUUAGGUUUGGUAUAUAUAAAUUUUUACGAUAUAAGCAAUGUAUAAGAUACUAUCAGCUAUUACCAAAUCAAACUAAUAAUACUUUUGUUCGUAGUAAUUUUCCUUUUUCCGAUCAAAUAUGCUCAGAGAAACAUGUGGUUUUAUUCUCGCAUUGUUUUGAUCAAGAGAAAAAGAUUAAAUUCAUUGAUCAAAUGAUUGAAAGAAAUAUUACAAAUACAGAAUCUAAUUUUCAAAAUCAUUUCUUUUAUAUGCUUGUAAUUCAUGGUGAUAUUGAAUUGUUAAAAUACUUUUCAAAUAAAAUUGGUACUCCUCUAUCUGUAUAUGAUUCAUAUAUAUAUAAAUUGAAUGAAAUUUUACCACCAACCUAUUAUAUUGGAUCAAUAGAGAUGAUAGAUUAUUUAUUUAAUAAUCAUAGAAAUUAUUUUUUUGAUCCACAAUUUCCAAAUUAUUAUUGUACAUUUUUUAAAGGUUUACAAUUUUUACAACACUUUGAAUCAUUAUUAACUCAAUAUAAAUUAAACAAUCCAUCAAUCACUGAAAAGGAUCCAAUUAUAUUUUUUGAAUCGCAUUCAAGUGAAGAUCAAUUAGAAUUUAUAAAAGAUAAGGAUAUCUUGGAUUUUGCAAAUCAUUUCGCAACAAAUUCAGUAUACCAAAAUGAUACACUCAAAAAAUUCGUUCCUUUGUUUUUAUCAUUACUUACAAGUGAUCAAUCAUCUAAACAGUCAUUUAAAUUUGAGACAUUUAGAAAUUUAUUUAUUUUAUUACAACAACCACAUAAUAAUAAUAAUAAUAAUAAUAAUAAUAAUAAUAAUAAUAAUAAUAAUAAUAAUAAUAAUAAUAAUAUUAAUAAUUAUAAUUGUAAUUAUAAUAAUAAAAUAAAGAAUAAUGAUAAUAAAACUUAUACAAUUGGAUUUUUAAAAUUUGUAGAUUGGGUAUUUAUAAACCAUCGUAGUGAAUUGAAAGAUGGUGGUAAAUUAUUUAAUGAUGAAGAUCGUUAUUAUCAUUUUCUUGCUGCAAUCGAUAGAUAUGAUUUUAACAAUAGCAACUACAACCUCAAAUGUUAUUAUUAUAUAAAAAAUGAUACUGAUCUUGAUAGAUUAUCAUCAUUAAUUGAUAAUGUUAACAGAUUCACUCCAUUUUUAUAUGAAGUUAAUAAUUUCAAAUUUUUAGAUUGGUUUUUAAAAAAGAUUGAAUAUUAUCAUUAUGAAUACCGAUCGGUGUUAACACCCUUUCAAAAAAAAGAAAUUAAAGAUAUUGUUUGUGAAUUUUUGAAAAGUAUUGCCAGUUUUUCAAGAUUAAAAGUAUUUGAACACAUUCACCAAUAUUAUGAAUUCAUUUUAAAAAACAACUUUGAUGGUGGAAUUAUUGAUUAUGUAGAUUUACAAGAUGUCUUACGUUUAUCAAUUAAAAAAGGUUCAUUUAAAGUUUCAGAUUUUAUUUUUCAAUUUACUACAUUACCAAGAAUAGAACAAGAGGCUUAUUUAAAUGAAAUAUCAUAA